CUGACUGGUGCCGGCUACCAGCACCACAGGGAGCACUCGAAGCGAGCAUGGAUGCUCUGCUCACCUCCUUGCACUCACUGUCCUUGCUACCCCCAAGUCCCUCUCAGCUCUUGCAAUUACUCUCGAAUUCUGCAUCGCCAGAAGCAGAAGAGCAAGAAGCCCGUGACCUAGCCAGGGUUCUCAGUCUUGGGUCCUACGACAAGGAUGCGGCUGCUGAAGCAAGUGAAGAUGCGGACGAUGUGCUGGGCUCCACUGGCUUCGGAAUGGAUCGGGAGCUGAUCGAAGAUGCCAUCGUCGAGAUGAUCAAAAUAUUCAAGAGCGAGAUCUCGAAGCUGCGAGCCGCAUAUCAGGCAGAAGAAGCUCUGCAAUCCUCCCCUCAGUCGUUACCGAAGGCCACUCCACUGCAUUUCCUCACCUUACGCCACGAGUCAUCUUUGCGGCAGUCGCAGAAGCUCAAUACCAUCUAUGGCGGCUAUUGUCCCAAAGUCAUCUUCAGCGGCGGUCCCAGCUAUGCAUCGGAGGCUGAGCUGAGCAGUCUGGCGCCAAUCACAAAAGUGGAAGAUCUGCAAGUGGGUAGGAGAAUGCAAGGGAAGUACCUCGUAGUACGAGUCGCUUCAAGUCUGUCCAUAUACGUCGGCGCUACUUUCCUGGUCACCCUUCCAGCUCCAUUUGGUUUCUCUAUGCCCGCGUCAAUACUGCACUUCACCACAAACCCCCGCAUGUCAAGCGAAGAAGCAUCUGCGCUUCUCCCACAAGGUACGUUGCUGAUCAUCAAGGAACCAUACAUCAGCUCGAACCAUUCGCUCAGAGCAGCAGGAAAUCUCAGUGGUCCAGGCCUGCGGAUAGAUACACCGACCGAUGUUGUACUGCUACAGGGCGCAGGGGAAGGUUCUGGACACGCACUUCAUAGCUGGAAGGCGCCAUACAUGGAGUCUUUGCAGUGGAUCAAAGAGCCCGAGCCUGCCAAAGCUGGAGGAAAGGGUGCGAAGAAGGCGGCCUUGAAGACAGCAUCCUCGAGUACUGCCACCACAAAGCCUCUCAGCCCAGAGACCAGCGCUGAGACAUCGACAUUACAGCCAGCGUGGUUGCAAGACGGCCCGCUGUCCCGAGCUCGCUGGGAGAAGGACCACACGUCUUCUGACAGCGCCAGCAAAGACACACUGUCACUGGCACACCGCCUUUUGAAGGACGGCAGGCCCGGAGCAGCCUGGCGCGAGUUGUCGGCCGGCCUCACAGGGAAGCCUCAUCCCUCCGGGACGAAUGCGAGUCGGUCACCCCACCAAGAAGCUGAGUUGGAAGGUGACAUCCUCUUAGCAAUGGGCGCCUGGGUGGAAGCUGAGCGGGUACUAGAGCAGGCGACAUCGGGAAUGGGUUCGUCGGUACCGUCGACCUUACUCGACAAGCUUUCUCAGGCUCGCCAACGCAGGGCGGAAGCAGAAGCAGGUCCUUCGAGCGCAGGCUCGACUGUGGCAACCAUAUAUCGGUCUCAUCUUAGCUCUGCAAAGCCUCGCAUACCCGCUGCAGAUUGGCUCUCUCCUGCUCUCAAAGUCGCUCAAAUACCCAAUGCCGGUCGAGGUCUGGUCACAACUUGCUCGGUCUCGGCUGGUGAGCCACUGCUCAUGGCAAAGUCACGAGGAUCCUCCUACCCUUCUGACGAGCAGUUGGACGAAUACUGUCCCAUCAUCCGCUGUGAUUUCCAGAAUGGUGUCAUUAGCACCACCACGCAGAUUCUCGCUACCACCAAGCUCAUCCAUCAGAUGAUUGACCGGCCAGAGCUCACGCAGGAAAUCUUAGGUCUGACUGCUGGACCUGGUACGCGGGACAGUCGCUGGGUGGAGACAGGCCGCUUCAAGAAGGCCGCAGCCAGAGUAGGAGCAAAAGAGGUCUACGAAGGCCUCCGUCCAGACAGGCUGGGGCCAGAAGGAGGCAUCAACUCCCUCUACGUCGAUGAAGUAUUGAGGCACAACGCCUUUGGUCCUGGAGUGGUACAGCGGGGCUCUGCCUCAGGAGAGACAGCGGAAGACGGCCAAUCUCAAGCAGGUCCAGUGCAGAGCAACGGUAGCCAGCCGAUGAGCACUCUACCUCGAGCUCUGCGCCGCAAGCUGGCACAAGACCCGCCCAGCGCCUUCUCGAGAUCAACACAGCCCCAUCCUCUUCCAGCUAUCCUGAAUCAUUCCUGUCUGCCGAACGUCUCCUCUGUCUUCCUCGGCGAUGUCGUGGUGACGAAAGCCUUGCGAGAUCUGAAAGAGGGCGAAGAGAUUGGUCACGAGUAUGUCAGGGGAGGUGUUGACUAUCAGUCUCGACAAGCGACGCUCUCCAAGCACGGCUUCGUCUGCGCUUGUCCUCUUUGCGAUCUCGACCGUCAGGACGGAGACAACCGUCUCGCAACUCGACGGAAGCUCUUUGCUGUGCAAGCUCCAGCGCUCUUUAGCAGGAGCAAUGCGCUCAUUGCCCAUCGCAGCGACACAGCGAAGGAGGACGACUGUGAGAAGCACCAAGACAUCAAGGAGGCUCUGCUCAGCUUUGCGGAGGAAUUGACGGAGACGUACGAUGAGAAGAGGGGAGUGCUAAGGCCUGAAAUGAGGGAGACUUACGAGAGGAUCGGCAGACAUGCUGAGAGGGAGAGGAAGACCGUCGAGGCUGUCAAGCACUACCUGCUCUCUCUUCAAGCAGUGAAUGCUCACCUCGCUCAGCGCUGGGUCGAAUUCCUGAGCCCUUCUCAGGAGGACCACAGUCUGGACACCUUGGCCGCUACGCUCGGCUCGUCACAUCUCGACUCAUCUGCAACGUCUCCCCUGGCUCUCACUCAGUCCCCUGCUCUGCACGUAGACGAGGCACAACGCACACUCUGGCGCCUUGCCCAGCUCUUUGCGGGAGAAGGGCAGAGGAGUCUUUCUUUGCACUUCUCAAGAACAGCAUACCACGUGCAUGACAUCCUCAUCGGAGGCGGUCACGAAGUCUUUGAGGAUCGCUGGGGUCCCAGUGGGCUCGGCGGGGCCAGCGGAGGGCUGGAAUGGCAGGGUGCUUGGGAUAUUUGGUGGCAAGAGGCCGGGAAUGUCUGAUCCAAGGCGGAGUGUCGCUUCUCGCUCAAUGGCACUGAAUGAUAUGUUGGUGAUCCAAUAUUAUUAAUCGCGAGAAUCAUCAAUCCGGCGAACACGAAGCGUGGUACUGUCUUUCAGCUUGAUCGCAU